GUCGGCUGUGUGAGCAGUGCUGCCAAGCGGUUAAGAGAUGCAGACGGAGCGUGCAAAGAGGAUGGACUCUGCAGGAGAAGAAGCGUCCCUGAAUUCACCUGAGCUGCCCUGGAACCAGCUCUAUUUGAAGAGAAGGACCGAGUCCAGGAUCCAGUUAAGGAGGAGAGUGUGCUUCACUGGCCCUGCUGCUGUUACCGGGGUAUUGGCAAUCCUCAUACUGGCUGCUGACAGUGUAAGCAGCGACAGUGAGUUUGUGACAGUCCCGAGCUCAGUGAAGUGUACUGAGGGGCAGGACUGUAUCCUGAGCUGCUCCUUCAACUACACAGCUGGAGGCUGGGAUAAGAAGUCAGCUGUGAUCUGGAGAAGAGUAGAAACGGGGCGCAUCGUUCACAGGAUCCGCAACAACAGGGAUCAGCUUGCCAAUCAGCUCCCUCUGUAUGUGAACAGGACCAGCCUGUUUGAUUCUGAGCUGCAGCGCGGGAACGCUUCACUGCUGCUGAGGAGAGUCAGGGAGGGAGAUGCUGGAGAAUACAGGUGCUCUGUUUACACUCUUAGACUGUACGGGUCGGGCCUAACUGAGGUAGUCGUGGUUCCGGCUCCACCCACAACAGCUCCAGAUCAUGUGAUAGUCCUGAGCUCAGUGAAGUGUACUGAGGGGCAGGACUGUAUCCUGAGCUGCACCUUCAACUACACAGCUGGAGGCUGGGAUGAGAAGUCAGCUGUGAUCUGGAGAAGAGCAGAAACAGGGCACAUCGUUCACAGUUACCAUGACAACACGGACCAGCUUGACCAUCCGCUCCCUCAGUAUGUGAACAGGACCAGCCUGUUUGAUUCUGAGCUGCAGUGCGGGAACGCUUCACUGCUGCUGAGGAGAGUCAGGGAGGAAGAUGCUGGAGAAUACGAGUGCUCUGUUUACACUCAUAGACUGUCCGGGUCGGGCCUGACUGAGGUAGUCGUGGUUCCGGCUCAACGACACGCCUGGUGGGUUUCAGGAGCAGCUCUUCUUUGUGUGAUUGCAGGGCUCUGUGUCGGUCUGUGGCGCUAUAAAAAACACGCAGGUUGCUGCAGGAAAUCCAACAUGGCUUCUAGUCUAGAACAGGCAGUGCCGUUAUCAGACGUUAUCGAGGAGCCCAGUGAAGUCAGACCGCUCCCCUGCACUGCUCAAUUUACCCAGUUUAAUACAAACUCCCAAAACGAAAUAGUCACUUUGAAUUCGGAAACGUGAUCAGUGUUGAAGAGAAAUUUUAAACAUCACAUUGUUUCCGAGACAAUUGAACUAUAAUCUGUACUCUCAUUGUCUUUGCACAAUAUCGGAACAAUCCAGCAAAGCGAUACAGUAGUUUAUUCAAAAUGACAUUAACCUCUUCAGCUCCAGGAUGCACAUCAAAGGAAAGAGCACUUGCAGUACCACGCCCUGCCUGCGCACGUCAAGGUUUGCCGUCUGUUCUCUGGGGUUUUUAUUUUCAAUCUGAUCUCUUUGUAUUCAUGCUCUGAGGCAGGGUUAGUGUGUGUGUUUUGAAGUCGGGGAGGAGAGAUGGAAAUCAUCAGGUGACUUUAUUAUCCAGUUGCGUUCCGUGCACAAAUCCCUCUCUAUCUGUGAAGACAUUGACAAGAGCUGGAGACGAUCGACGAUCUCAAGUAUAUACAGAGUAUUUCAUUGUAUUAUUUCUGCAGUUUUGCUUGUCUACCUUUAUUUUAUAUUCGUAUUUGAUUGCAAUAAAAUAUAUGGCAGCGUACAUGGAUUGUGAGAAGAGGAGCGCUGAAGACUUUGAGCCGUGUUCGGAGGAUUUCUGAAAGCAGCGACAGCACUUGGAGUAUCUUUUACAGUGCUGGGACAAAAUACUGUGAAGCCAGAAACCAAAACAUUCAGUGAAUCUCUCCCGUAAAACCUAUUUUACUCCAGAAAUGUGGCGGCCUGUUACAUUAUACGAAGUAUGUAUUGUCAGUGAAUUUUUUUAUUCUUAUGUGAAAACCACAUAAUAAACACAACUCAAGAAAGAAAUCUAUAUAAAAAAUCAGAAUCAAUUCUACAAUCAUCCUCUUGAACCUUCUUUUUAUUAUUUUGUAUUUGUUUUGUUGUUUUAUUAUUAUUAAUAUUAUUAUUAUUUUUAUUUAUGUUUAAAUAUGAAGGUGAAAAGCUGUAGUUAUUGUUAUGAUUUAUUAUGUUUAAAUAUGAAGGUGAAAAGCUGUAGUUUAUAAAAUGAAGCAAAUACAAAACAGCUGCAUCGAACAUGGAUUAUAUUUUAAUUAUUAUUAUUUAUUUUUUUUAACAUAGAACCCUGACUCCAA